ACAAUAGUUCCGCAGUAAAGCGUCCUAAGAUUCAAGAUGGACGACUGCAACCUUGAGAAGCUUGCAAUCAAACCUGGGAAACUAUCACCAGUGUUCCAUCAGGAAACCUUAGAAUAUAAAACAACUAUCCCGAGUAAUGAGGCAGAAGUAACAAUAGAAUUGCUGACACGCGAUUCUGGUGCAUCCUAUACUAUCUCAGGUAGUGGUGGCUCCAAAAAAGUUCCAGUCAAAGAGGGUGCUAUAACAGAUAUAAAAAUCAAUGUCUGCGCUGAGGAUGGAAAGACAACUAAAGUGUACCUCAUCAAAGUCAAGCGUUUAUCGGCAAAGGAUGCAACUCUGUCAAAUCUGCUACUGGAACCGGGCACUCUUGUACCAGAAUUUAGUCCAGAUGUCUUUGAAUACUUUUGUUUACAGCCAUGUAAUGUCAACACCAUCAAGGUAAUACCGACAGCACCUGAUCCUAAAAAUGCAGUAACAGUCAAUGGGGAGAAACCUGGGUCGGCCACAAGCCUCAGUGUGGGCAGCACAAGAAUUGAUGUUGAAGUCACAUCAGAGGACGGCUUAAAUAAACAGAAAUACAACAUUUGUGUAACUAGAAAACAGAUCCCUCGUCAUGUGAGGAUAACAGAUGAGGCUCUUGCCCUUCAAUAUGAGGACCCAAUCUCCUUGAGCACUCUAUAUCGACCAAUCACCAUUCGCAAUAGUGACCCAAGGCACACAUUCUCUGCACCAAUCAUUGACGAGUUAACAAAGACCUCCAAGUUUGAUCCAAUCAAUGACACCCCUCUUGAUCAAGAUUGGAGAGUGGAAGACUUUGAGUUAGACAAGAAAAUGAGUGCAGCCAUUGCCUUUGUGCCACUCACAUAUGGGGGAACAUCAGAGUCUUGCACAUUGAAAGACCUUGGUGCACACAUUGCAAAAUGUAAUGUUCCUCCGAAAAUAGAGGACACAAAGGAUAGGUUCAAGGACAUCAAUGCUCCAGUGAACCACAAAGUUGAGCAAAGAAAAUGGGAAAAAGGUUUACAGCAAGUGUUUGGAGAGACAAGUGCAGAUAAACUGAUUGCUGAGGCUAAAGAGGAUCUCAAGAAAUAUUUCUUAUCACUGCCCAAACCCAAUCAGACAAAGUCAUGGCCUGAUGGGGAGUCACCGAUGGACCAUUUGCAGCAGGCCACGUAUUGCUAUGCCAGCGCCCUCAAACUGAAACCAAAGGACGCCAGCGUUCAUUUGCAGCUGGGCAUGCUUCUAGAGGAGAAAUACUACAUUGAAGACAUGUUUGGGCUCAAGAAAGAGACACACAAUGACCUUCCAAGCCUGAAUCUCCAAGCUUCGGAAAGCUCGAAGGAUGAUGAGUGUGCAGCAAUAUGCAAACUUCACGGGGUGGAGCCUACUGCCCCUCUCCCCCUACAGCUCAAGGCCAUUGAUAUGGAGUUCCACAGCCUUAUACAGGCCGGCCAGUCGGCCAAGGCAGACCAUGUCAUGGAUCUGUUCCAGUGGAAAUCAAAGCAGGCAACACAGGAAGGGGCUGCAGCCCAGAAGGCAGAGGAUGAGGAGUCCCCACUGGGCCAGGCCUUCCUCAAGUACAUGGACGCCCUAGCCUGUGAUGAGGCUAAGGCGCUGUUCAACUUCCACGUGGGUAGGAUGCAGGUCGUGCAGGGAAAGUAUGACGAUGCAGUCAAACGUCUGGAGACCAGUCUGAACUGGAAUUCACAGCACCAGCUGUCAAGGUUUUACCUGGGUCUUGCGCUGGCCUUGAAAAAGGAUGGGCCAGGUGGGAGGGUCAAGGAGGCGAUACAGUAUCUCUUGGAGGCUUUUGAAACCCUGAUGACCGAGCGAACAAAACAGGCCGUGAGCAAUGAACCGGAAAGUUAUGUGGUAGACAUUCUGAGGGCAGAGAAUCUCAUGCAGCCUACGAACGUCCAUCUGAUGCGGGGGUUCAUACAGCUGGGACGUCUAAUACAGCAAAACCCCGAUAUCAAGGACACUAUGUCCCCACGGGACAUCUAUCACAACUCAGCCCUGCUGGCAACCCAGAUGCUACCGUUUAUUUCCCGAGGCGACAUGUAUAAGCAGCUUGAGUGGGUCAUACUGGAUGCCCACGCGCAGCUGCUGGACAUUCUGGCGACCAAUCAGACAGGACACGAGAAACUCAUUGUACAACGGUGCGAGCGUCUUACCGCACUGAUCUUCCAUUCAACCAUUCCGCAGAAUGAUCAACUGCUUGCUUUGCAGGAAAAGACAUGUCAGCAGUUAAUCCAGAUCACGCCAUGCUCUAGUCAUGCCCUCUAUCUGCUGGGCUCCUCCCAGUUUGCACGCUUUGAGAACACGCCCCCGGGAGAGGAAGGCGACAAACUUCUAGGCGAUGUGAAGUCUUCAUUCCAAGCCUCUAUUGACCUGGAGGGCAAACCUGCAUCUGGGAAUGUACCUGAGUCAAUCAAAGGUCAGCAAUGGUGGCAGAAGAAAGCUGCCCUCGAGGCAGAGAGACAGAAGGCUCUGGAGGCAAAGGCUGCUGCCCCAGGGGGCAAGCCUGGAAACGGAGCCUCAGCUCCCCGGGGAGGGGCUGCAGCUAGAGGGUCCCCUGCAGCUAGGGGUCGUGGAGCCCCAGCCCCCGCAGCAAAGGCAGCAGCUGCCCCAAGAGGGGCUAAAACUCCAGCCCCAGCCCCAGCCAAGGCAGCCCCUGCAAAGGCCCCAGCUGCCAGAGGGGCUCCUGCAGGGAGAGGGGCCGCUGCCCCUGCAAAACCAGGGGCCAAAACUCCUGCUGCACCAGACGCCCCAAAAGAUCCAGUGAAGGAGGAGCUAACGAAAGAGGAGGCCACCCCUAAACCGGCUCCUUCAUUAGGCCCCACCCCAAUAAACAGGAAGUCCUUCAGGCCCCGCCUUGGACUGGCCAGGGCACAUAGGGCAGCCAAUGAGAUUCCGGAUGCCAAGAAAUAUUAUAAUGAGGUCAUCACCAUGUCCCCAGAGGUAAAGGACGCAUACAUAGAAAUGGCAGAGAUGUUGAUGAAGACCGAUCCACUGGGCGCUGUUGAUGUGUACUGCAAGUUUCCCAUCUCGGAAAAACCCUCGUUCGAUGAUGCCUACAUUUUCGGUGACAUUGUCCGUCUGUUGAUUAAAGCUGAGAAAUAUGACGACCCGAGGCUUGGACCAAACAUGAUCACCUAUGGCAAAAUUCUUGGUCUUGGUGCACUAGAGAGGUAUGUGAAGAUCCUUGAAGAGAAGUUCAAGAACAAGACCUUGCAUCAGGUGUACGCCGGGGUGAACGGACGCAACGUGGACGAUCCUGAGAUGCAACAGUUCUUCAAGUUCAAAUGCUGGAUAUAGACCUUAAUGUUCAGAAAUAGCAACAUUUUGCAGGUCCGGAUGGGUUUUUGUCAUACUUUUGGGGAUUCAGGUUUUGAAAAUUUGGAAGGUCUAAUGUUUAUUUUAAAGCUUGCAUUAUGCUUAUGACAGCUAUGAUCUUGAAAAAAAUAAUAUGCUCAGCAUUGUUAAAUAUUAAUGUACAUUUUAUGUCUUUAGAGGCUAUUUGAACUUGUAUAUAUAGACUCAUUUAUUCAAAUGUGAUCUACACAUGAAAAGUAUGUUUAAAUAUAUAUAUUAUAUUAUACGACAGAACAUAUCACAUAUAUAAUUAUCAUCUGUGUAUCACAUUUCAAUCUAUUUGGUAUUGUAUUCACAAUGUUGACUGUCACUAAAAUGCCACCAGAGAACAAAAUACGGGGAUUUUUUUCUUUUGAAACUGAAAUCAUUAUUUUCACAAGCCGAUGAUAAUAUCAAACCUGUCUCAAACGAAAUCAGUAUGGUGUUUUUUGUAACUGCACUUUCAUGCGACAUUUUAAAUGUGUAUAUAUACUAUGUUCAACCUUUAAAACAGACCUUUGAAUCUUCUUUAUGAUAUUUUUUAAUUUAAGUUACAACCACCUAAAUCAUUUCAUCAGUAGAUGUGUCGGAAUGUUAAACAUCAACACCGAACUUUGAAAUCUUCGGAAAUGCCAAUAGUUUCUUUGUGCAUUCACAUAUAUGUACAAGUCCUACAUCAAGCAUGUAAUAUGCAUAACAUACACUGGCAUCUAACAUUUGAACAUGCAUAUCAUCCGUACCUUUCAAUGCAAUUUAGGGACUUUGACCUUUGUGACAUUUACAGGUCUAGUCCAAUCUCUCUUUGAACUCUCCAACCCCAUUUUCCUUAACCCUUUGCGUGCUGGGAAAUUUGUCGUCUGUUAAAAUGUCGUCUGCUGAAUUUCUAAAAUUAGCAUUUUCUUCGAUUUUUUUUCAAAGAAUACUAUCAGAAUAGCAAACAGUUUGGAUCCUGAUGAGACGCCACGAUCUGUGGCGUCUCUUCUGGAUCCAAACUGUUUGCAUAGGCCUUCAAAAUUCGGUUCCAGCACUGAAAGAGUUAACGAAAUAAUGUGUACAACGUUUCUGUGUACUUGCCCCAGGGCUGUGAAAAGUCACUUCUAACAUCAGCUUAAUAUCCAGGGAGUCUUUGCAGUUGUCUUUUAACCCAGUUGACUCUCCCAUCCUUCUAAAUUGGAUCAAUUUAUUUCCAAAAUUAGGGAUGUCUAGUAUAUUUAUAUCUAUAUUUAGAAAAUUUCUUACAGAAAUUCCUUUAAGUAAACAGCGCAGACCCCUCAUCUGGGUCUAAGCUGUUUGCCAAUACCUUUUUUCUAGACGCUAGGCAUAAAUGGGUUAGUGUCCGCGGAUGUCGGAAACCGAUCACAAAAAAUCACUCCGGAUUUUUGUUCAAAUCGUUUCUUGAUAAAUAUGUCACAAAGAUGGAAUUGUGUGGACUUUAUAAUGUGUGACCUAAAUUCGCAGCAACCGUUACUUCGUUUACACGCCAAAAGCGUUAAAAAAUAUCUACUUUAUUUAUUUUACACGAAAAUAGGUUAACGUUUAUGGGAGUAAAAGAUGGGUUGGCAUUCUUCAAGGUAAUGCACAGCUACAAAAAGAUCGCUUGAAAUUUUACAAAAACAAACACUUGAUUUAGUAUGUGAUUCGUGUUUAUGCGAAACUGUCAAACUUCCUUAUUUUAUCGACAAUAGAUUAACGGCAAACUAAUACUUUGGCAUUUACACAAUGUACCCUUAAUUAAUGUCUGGUUUACCUAACAACAAGACAAGACACUUUAUUGAGACGUGUACAGAGUACAUCGUCUAAAUACAUCAAUAACAUAUAAUAAUAAUAAUAAAAUCUUUAUUUAAAGAAGAUAGACUUGUUAAGAAAUACAUCAGAUGAAAUUACAUAAUAUGCAAUUUAUAUAAUACAUUUCUUAUUUUCAACAAGGUCUUCUAACAAGAUACAAUUUACAACAAAUACAUCAUAUUUCAUCUUGAGCAAUAAGAACAAAACAUAAAGAAUCAUAUAUGCAUACACAUAUAAUAAUAUAUAUUAUAAUUAACUGAGGAGCUGCGCCAUGAGCGCAUGAUACGCCCGUCGUUCGCCAAUGAAGUAGUAAGGUAAUAAAUAACCCUUUGAAUCAUUUUUUUACUUCAGUUUAUUUGUAUUUGAAUACAUGGUUUAUUUUAUAAGUACAUGAGCAUGGAGCGCCGUCUCCUUGACAUUCAUACCAUAUCUUUUUUUGAGUAUAUGUAUGCAUUUCUUUAGAGGAUAUGGAGUUGAAGUAAACCUGUUAUAGAUAUUUUGACCAAUAAUAAAAGAGAAAUGUAGAUGGGUAAGUGGUAGUGUACAAUCGGAAUAGAAAAAAGCUCACCUUGUUCAAUUUUUCAGGGAUACUAUUUCAAUGGAGCAUAAUGUAUCAUCUUGCAACAUCAAUUUAGGUAGGACAGUCAAUGAAAUCACGAAAUUUUGACGAACAAAGUCGCAUAACUCUGGAACAACAAUUCAGAA